UAGAAGAAAUUGUAUAUCCCGUUGUAAUUUUCAGGAAAAUAAAAAUUCAGCUUGUAUUUAUUCAAUGAAUCGAGAAUAAAUGAGUGGCGGACUAGCCCCUAGUAAAAGUACUGUGUACGUGGGCAAUUUGCCUUUUUCCUUAACAAAUAAUGAUAUCCAUAAAAUUUUCGAGAAAUAUGGAAGGGUGGCCAAAGUUACAGUUCUAAAGGACAAUGAGAGAAGAAGUAAAGGCGUAGCAUUCAUUCUAUUUAUAGACAGAGACUCCGCCUUUAAGGCUGUAAGUGCCCUGAACAAAACUGAGAUGUUUGGAAGAACAAUAAAAUGCAAUAUUGCAAAAGAUAAUGGGAGAACUACAGAGUUUAUAAAGAGAAAGGAUUACCCUGAUAAAUCCAGAUGUUACGAAUGUGGUGAAGAAGGCCAUCUGAGUUACAAGUGUCCAAAAAAUCUCCUUGGAGAAAGGGAUCCACCUCCCAAGAAAGAAAGAAAGAGAAAGAAACAAAAAGAAGAGGAAUACGGUGAAGAAGAGGAAGACAGUGAUGAAGAGACUGAAGAUCCUGCCCUGGAAAGUCUGUCAGCAGCUAUUAAAUAUCAGCAACAACAGCUAGAUCGGGAGUCCUUGCAGUACGCUGCUUCUGCCUCCUCCCCUGUCCCUGAAGAAGAUGAACCACAGCGUAAAAAAUACAAAAAAGAUGCUUACUUCAGCGAUGAAGAGGAGUUUGAUGAUGGUUGAUACAAACUUUAGCAUAGGAAGAAGAAUUUAAAUUACGGUUGAUGUAAACUAGUGACUGCUCUUUCAUGGCUGUUUGCUUCCAUUUGAUACAGAGUUUUGUCAAUCAGGUGAAAAAGAUUUUUAUUUCAAAAGUUGAACAAUGUUUUCCCCAGCCCCUUAGAAUGUUAACAUUAAUUUUAUUAAUUUAUGUUUGAGUAAUAUAAAUUCCCUUCCCUUUGUUCAGAUUGUUAUUAUAUAGAACUACUUUACUGAUGUGGUUACAUUCACAAUGUAUGCAGAAAGAUUUAGAAUGGCCUCAAAUUUUAUGAUUGGUUUUAAAUUAAAAACCAGUACAUGUUUGCAUUAAGUUUAAUUUACUACAUGCUUGACAGAAAACUCUUCAUUGAAGCGUAUUUAUUUCUCGGUUUAUCUCAUAACAGCAUAAAAACAGAGCAAGUAAAAGCAGUCAGUGUACGUCUUUGGAAGCAUCUGUACAUGUAACUCACUGUAUCAAAAAGAUUUCAAUGUAAUAAUGUGUGUAUGAUUAUUUAAUUCAUACAGCAUUGAGGUGAUAUACAAACCACUUAGGCUGUGUAAAUUUAUUGAAACAGCACAGGAUGUUUUGCAUAUACAGGUAUCAUCCUUACCUCAUACCAUUUAAAUAACUUAUACAAUGAAAUAAAACAUAAUGCAUA